CGCACAAUCACUGCCUGCUAGACGUUCCUUUAAGUAGAAGAAUCUAGGAAUUAAAGGAUCUAGGAAUUUUGUUAUUCCCUUCAUGUGCCUCUCUUUGUGUUGAGGUAAAGGUGUGAGGACAGGCACAGAACCUCAUACCCGGAGAGCGACGCAUGUAUUUGGAGGAUGAGUCCAGCCUUAAAGGCGCUGAUGGAGGGGUGUAGAUACCCAGGGAAAGGCCAGAAGAAAGGUGGAGUGAUGUUGGAACCGUUUGUUCAUCAGGUCGGGGGCCAUUCGUGUGUACUGCGCUUUGGGGAGCAGACCAUCUGCAAGCCACUGAUCCCCCGAGAACACCAGUUCUACAAGAGUCUGCCGCCAGAGAUCCGCAGAUUCACACCUCAGUACAAAGGUGUGGUAUCAGUGAGCUUCGAGGAGGAUGAGGAAGGCAACCUGUGUUUGAUAGCGUACCCUCUGCACAGCGAUCCGUCCGAUCAGGAGAACACGGAACCCUUGUCCGACGGAGAACCCAAGAGCAAGCUGUUGAAGUGGAGCAAGAAGAAGCCGUCGGCCCUGACGGAGAACGAGAGAACCAGACAGAGCCGCAAAGAGGACAAGAGCAAAAGCAGCUAUCGUGAGGAUAAAGCAGAGGUGUUGUACUACAGCCUGGAGAAAGGAAACAUGUCACCUCAGAUUAAACACAACCCCUGGAGUCUGCAGUGCCACCAGCAGCAUCUGCAAAGGAUGAAAGAGAACUCCAAACACAGAAACCAGCACAAGUUCAUUCUCCUGGAGAACCUGACAUGGCGCUAUAGGGUUCCUUGUGUUCUUGAUCUAAAAAUGGGAACCCGGCAGCAUGGUGACGACGCGUCAGAAGAGAAGAAAGCAAACCAAAUCCGCAAAUGCCAGCAGAGCACGUCCUCGACAAUCGGAGUGCGGCUCUGUGGGAUGCAGGUGUACCACAGUGUGACGGGGCAGCUGAUGUUCAUGAACAAGUACCACGGCCGCAAGUUGAGUCUGUCCGGCUUUAAGGAAGCCCUGUGUCAGUUCUUCAGUGACGGACGUGUUCUCCGUAGAGAGCUCCUCACUUCGGUUCUCCACAGGCUCAAAGAGAUGCGAGCCGUCCUGGAGGCCUGUGAGAGCUACCGCUUUUUCUCUUCUUCUCUCCUGAUCAUCUACGACGGGGCACCGGCACCAGCUCCCGCACGAUCUCGACCCUCUCGUGGAGGAGAGGAGGAAGACGAGGAUGAAGAUGAGGAUGAGGAUGAGGAGGAAGGAGCGUACGGGGGCCGUUCCCAGCACCGUGACUGUUCCAGUGGAUCGGGAUCGAACUCCCCGCUGGUGGACGUGAGAAUGAUCGAUUUUGCACACACGACGUGCCGCGAUUACGGCGAGGACAGCGUCGUGCACGAGGGCGGAGACAGCGGCUAUAUCUUUGGCCUGCAGAAUCUCAUCAGCAUUCUGUCGCAGCUUGAGGAGCAUAGCAACGAUUAAACCUGUGGGUCAUUACACAUGUUGUUGGUGCAUCGACCGCUAUGCUAGGCUUCUAGUGGAUACCCUGAUGAAGGCAUCAGGGCUGAAGGCUAUGUUCCGAUCCCUCUGAGCUUUAGUCACGCCCCGAAGACGUGGCACCAGAGGAUCAAGGAAGGGUGGAAGGUCAAACCCCAAAUGGCCUUCAGGAGAUGAAGGGACUGAACUUCUCACACGUUUGAUAGGGGUUUUUUUUGGUUUGUUUGUUUUUUUUGCAAUAUCUUGUGUGGUCCCUCUCUCCUCUACAUGACAGAAAAAUAAAGGCAGACCACCAUUAACGGUCUGGCAGAUGUCUUUAUCUGUUCUCACUCUGAGUGGGUUUAUGAAACCUAAGCAAGAAAAAGACACUUUUUUUGCACAUGCAUUCAUACUUCGAAUGAGAUGUGGAUUUGUAGCAAUGCAAAAAAAAAAAAAUAAUUAAUAAUUUUUUAUCAUUAGCACAAAAGAAAGACAAGCCAUUAUGAUAAGAACUAUUCACACACAUCAAGGUGCUUUAGAACGGCCAUCAAGACCAAGAGAGAUUUAUUAUAAGGAACGAAAAGGAAAGAGACUCUUAUUUAAAGGGCAUAAAAAACCUCCUGUGGACGAUAAUUUAUUGGACUGAUUUCAUCACAGAUGCUUUACAACACUUGUUUAUCUUUACACUUCAUUCCAUAGUUCAUUAGAUGUGAUAUAAAGCAAAUGAAUAUAAAGCAGACUUUAUUUAUUAAUAGGCAUAUUUCUUAAUAUGAAGAUGAACUUAAAAGGACUGUAUGACAUUCCAUCCUACUGUACUGUCGUUAUUAUGUGUGAUUUAUACGAUUCAAUCCUGGUUUUCACUGUGUUCUGUCUCUGUAUAACACUAUACAACAGAAAUAAAGGACUUGUGUUCUACUAAACACUGCUAAAA